CCCUCGGAGAAGAAAUUCUGGGCGGGGACAGGGCAGGACACCUGCGCUGCGCCGCGCCUGUCUGUCCCGGCCGCCUGGGCUAUGAGCUCCGGCGAUCUACAGCAGCCCCAGCAAACGCAGCCUGCUCGCCGUUCGCCCGCCAGAAGCCCCUUGGCUCCUUGGCCUCGCAGCAGCAGUGCUCGGGAGGCGCCCGCCAUGGCCGUGUAUUGUAGCGAGGCCUUCAGCGUCUACCCACAGGCAGCCGCGGCAGCUGCGGGCACGUCGGGGCAGAGACCUUCAGCUGCCACCUACACGCUGGGCGACUACGGGGCGCCGCCGGGCGCUGGUGGUUAUUUGUGGGGCAUGAGCGGCGCCGGGCCCUACGGCCAGAGCAGCGGCAGCGGAGGUCCCGGGAGCUCGGGCGCGCCUUUCCUGCCCUACGGCUGCCCGCCGCGGGGCGUCGGGGGGCCGCAGCUCUUGGGCGUAGCGGGAGCUGGCUCGGGAUCGCCGUCGUCCUCGCCGUCGGAGCUGGGCUGGCUGAGCCUGGCGAGCCAGGAGGAACUGCUGCGCUUGGUGCGCCCGCCUUAUUCCUACUCGGCACUUAUCGCCAUGGCCAUCCAGAGCGCGCCGGAGCGCAAGCUGACGCUCAGCCACAUCUACCAGUACGUGGCGGAGAACUUCCCCUUCUACAAGCGCAGCAAGGCCGGCUGGCAGAACUCCAUCCGCCACAACCUCAGCCUCAACGACUGCUUCCGCAAGGUGCCCCGCGACGAGGACGACCCGGGAAAGGGGAACUAUUGGACUUUGGAUCCAAACUGUGAGAAGAUGUUUGACAAUGGGAAUUUCCGUCGCAAACGCAAGAGGCGCUCUGAUCCCAGUGUCCCUACAGUGGCCUCUACAGUUUCCUCCUUGGGGACUCUGAAGUCUGAGGAAGGUCACCCCGUCUCAUCUGCUUCAGGAAAACCAUGUGGCGGGAGUCCCUCCACUGAGCUGGAGCCAAUGUCCUCCGUAAGGGAGCAUUCGAAAAGCCCCUCUCCGCCUGUGAUUGUCUCGCCCACACCCAGCUGCCUCAGCACAUUUUUCAGUGGCAUGAAUUCGCUGAGUAAUGGAGGCGGCCGCCUGCCAGGGAGCCUCGGCAGUGAACUGCACCACAGAAACCUCGCUGCUGGGCCACUGAGCGGCAGCAGUUUUACCCCUUCUGGCAGCUCCUCCCAAGAAGCCCCUCCUGCAGAGCAGCUGCAGCGAGUUUCAGGGCCCACUGGGGCCUACUACAGCCCAUUUCAUCCUGGCAGUGGUAGCCAGACAGGCCAGUACAACCACUUAUACAACUUCACAGUCAAUAGCCUCAUCUAUGCGCGGGAGGGCACAGAAGUGUAGGACAUUAGGCAGGCAGCCUUGCUCACACAAGACAAUAACCAGGCCAAGUUUGUUCGGCAUCCAGGAAAACCUCGCCUUUCUUUCCGAAAAGAAACUCCAUGCAAGACACCUCUAAUUUCCAGAGACAACAGACUUUUGACAUUUGAUGGAUGAAACUGCAUGGUACAACCAGAACUUCAGUAUUUCUGAAGUACUGCACGCAUGCCACCAGGUUCUGCAAUGGAGGGUUAUCUCAAUUUGAGUGUUUUCAAAGUUCACAGUGUUUAAAUGAAAUCUAAAUUUUCAAAAAAAUAGACAGAAAAAGGACCAAAUAGAAAAGUAGCUGGAAAUACAUUACUUGUUGGAUUGGAGGGGGAGGAAGGAGGCUUGGUUUUUUUAAAGCCUCUGUUUACAAGUAAAAGAAAUGGAUGAAGAAAUUUUUACCAAGUGCCUUGAACAAUAUAAAAAAAUUAGGUGCCUUUGCCAAUAAUGAUUAUUGAGGCUUCUGUUCAGGAGUGUAGGGAGCACUUGGGCAGCCAGAGGACAUAGUCCUGCUGGCAGCAACCCUGCCCCCUGUGACUGUCAAUGCCCCCUACAUCCGAUGUUAGAUGCAGGGGGUGUGGCCAUUACCAGGGAUGGGGCCAGUGGGCCCCUGCCGAGCUCCCCUAGUCAGUAUUUCAUUGAAUUGCUGACUGGGAGCUCCUUUCCCUAAUUCCUUGACUGGCCUUAUCCUGGGUACUGGCCACACCCCCUCUAUCUGAUGUCAGAUGCAGGGGGUGUGGCCACUGCCCGGAAGAGGGUCCAUUUGGACUUUCUCCCAUCCUCCCCAGUCAACACUGGCUGGUUGGGCUUCCCCCACCACCAGCCCAGCCAGCAUUUCAGUUAAACACUGGCAAGGGGAGGGAUGUGUCUUACGCGCCCAGCCAGUGAGCACUACAUUUGCCAGCUAGGUAUGGGAGGAGGUGCCUUGGCGGCUGGGACAGUCGUCUUCCCUUGCUCAAUAGUCCCUAUGCCUCUGCUUCUAGACCAGGCCUGGCGGGCACUUGUUGACUCCCGGCAGGCACCAAACAUAGGCGGCUUAUUGAGCCCCUGGUGGGCUGGCAAACAUGGUUGUAGGCCUGUAUUUGGCUUAUUUGUUGUGCAGGCCUUUCCUAGACCAAAAGUGUGGGAGUGCUCUAGUCUGUCUGACAAAGGCACUGUGCACUUUUGUGGGACUCUAUGCAGCCUCAGCAUUUGUUCUACACUGAAGUCACGACUCCAAGUGCACUUCUAUGGAAGCAAGUUUUAUUGAAAUUUGUGGGCUUGGAGUGAAUAGAAAAGACAUGUGGUAGAACCUUCUCUAAACUGAACUACUUUAGAAUGCAAAUUCAAUCAUAUAUUUGAAUCUCUACCAGAACAUAUAGAAAACCAGCUUUUUCUAGCGAAAGUUUCUGCUGUACUACUUUUUCUAUAUGGAGGUGUCUGUUUUAUGGGUGAGCAUUCAAACAUGCAAUUCUGCAUUUGUGUUCUAGAGCAGUGCAGUCUUGGAAGGGCUGUUUGAUCAGGUAGAUGAGCCCUUGCUUCCAGGUGGUAUGUAAACUCCUAGGUGCCAAGGAUCAGGGACUCGGUUUUUUGAGCAAUCAUUUUACUUACGCUUAGAACCAAAGACAUGCAGUUUUAGUCUUCCAGUUUUAGCAGGAAAGCAAACACCUUUGGUAUUUUUUAUACAAAUAGUACCCUGGUGUGUAAUAUGUUACUCUAAACUUGUUUUUACAUGAGUCUUUAUUUGUAAAUUAUGAUUUUGGAACUGUACUUAUUUAUAAUGCUUUCGUAAAGUUUUAUGUUUGUUUUUUCUUUGGUAGUAUAUUAAGAAAAUCUGGAAAUGUUGGGAAUAAAAAUUUCAAAGUUGU